AUGGACUUGGCAGCAAGGGCUCCUGGCCGUCCGUGGCUCUCUCUGCCCUGGAUGUCAGCUUUUGAGUUCCUUCGCGUCUUUUGGUUGCUUUCACUGCUCCCGGGGCCCGCAUGGGUCCGCGGGGCUGAGCAACGCCAGGUGUUCCAAGUGCUAGAAGAGCAACCUCCCGGCACGCUGGUAGGCACCAUUCAGACGCGCCAGGGCUUCACCUAUCGCCUUAGCGAAAGCCACGCCCUGUUUGCCAUCAACAGUAGCACCGGAGCCCUGUAUACCACUGCCACCAUCGACCGAGAGAGCCUGCCCAGCGACGUGAUCAACUUGGUAGUCCUAUCUAGCGCGCCCACCUACCCCACUGAAGUGCGAGUUCUGGUGCGGGACCUCAAUGACAACGCCCCUGUCUUCCCGGACCCUUCGAUUGUGGUCACUUUCAAGGAGGACAGUAGCAGCGGGCGCCAAGUCAUAUUGGAUACAGCCACUGACUCCGACAUCGGUUCCAACGGUGUGGACCAUCGCUCUUACCGGAUCAUCCGGGGCAACGAAGCAGGUCGCUUCCGUCUGGACAUCACCCUGAACCCGAGCGGCGAGGGUGCGUUCCUGCAUCUUGUAUCCAAGGGCGGGCUGGACAGGGAGGCCACACCGCAGUACCAGCUCUUGGUGGAGGUGGAGGACAAAGGCGAGCCAAAACGGCGGGGCUACCUUCAGGUAAACGUUACUGUGCAAGACAUUAAUGACAAUCCCCCGGUUUUUGGCAGUUCCCACUACCAGGCGGGGGUGCCUGAGGACGCGGCUGUGGGCUCUAGCGUCCUCCAGGUGGCGGCGGCGGAUGCGGAUGAGGGCACCAACGCUGACAUUCGCUAUAGGUUGCAGGACGAGGGGACUCCUUUCCAGAUGGACCCCGAAUCGGGACUUAUCACGGUGCGAGAACCUCUGGACUUUGAGGCCCGCCGUCAGUACUCUCUUACAGUGCAGGCGAUGGAUCGAGGCGUGCCUUCUCUUACUGGGCGCGCCGAGGCACUGAUCCAGCUGCUGGACGUGAACGACAAUGACCCGGUGGUGAAGUUCCGCUACUUCCCUGCCACUUCGCGCUACGCCUCAGUUGAUGAGAACGCUCAAGUGGGCACCGUGGUGGCUCUGCUCACAGUGACUGACGCAGACUCCCCCGCAGCCAACGGAAAUAUCUCUGUGCAAAUUCUUGGGGGCAAUGAGCAGCGCCACUUUGAGGUACAGAGUAGCAAAGUUCCGAAUCUAAGCCUCAUCAAAGUGGCCAGCGCUCUGGAUCGAGAGCGCAUUCCUUCUUACAACCUCACAGUUUCUGUCUCUGAUAAUUACGGGGCCCUCUCUGCCUCAGCGGUCCAAGCUCGCUCUUCUGUGGCAAGUCUUGUAAUUUUUGUUAACGACAUCAAUGAUCACCCUCCUGUCUUUACACAGCAAGUAUGUAGAGUUAACCUGAGUGAGGAGGCACCCCCUGGAAGCUAUGUGAGUGGCUUGUCUGCCACUGAUGGCGACUCUGGUCUCAAUGCCAAUCUGCGUUACAGCAUAGUCUCUGGUAAUGGGCUAGGCUGGUUCUAUAUCAGUGAACAUAGCGGCCUGGUAACCACUGGGUCAGCUGGAGGCCUCGACCGUGAACUUGCUUCUCAGAUUGUACUGAAUAUCAGUGCGAGGGACCAGGGCGUCCACCCCAAGGUUUCCUAUGCCCAGCUUGUAGUAACUCUACUGGACGUGAAUGAUGAGAAGCCAGUAUUUAGCCAGCCAGGAGGGUAUGAUGUAUCUGUGAUUGAGAAUGCCCCCACAGGUACAGAACUACUGGUGCUAGGGGCAACAGAUGGAGACUUGGGUGACAAUGGGACAGUACGCUUCUCCCUACAAGAGCCUGAAACUGAAAAGAGGUCCUUCCGUCUGGAUCCUGUAUCUGGGAGAUUGAGUACUAUCUCUUCUUUAGACAGAGAAGAACAAGGCUUUUAUUCCCUCUUGGUCCUGGCAACAGAUCUAGGUUCUCCUCCCCAGUCAUCAAUGACGCGCAUAAAUGUGACUCUCUUGGAUGUGAAUGACAACAGCCCUCUAUUCUACCCAGUCCAAUACUUUGCUCAUAUUCAAGAGAAUGAACCUGGAGGUAGUUACAUCACUACAGUGUCUGCCACUGACCCAGACUUGGGUUCCAAUGGAACUGUUAAGUAUAGUAUAUCAGCUGGGGACAGGUCUCGAUUUCAAGUCAAUGCUCAGAGUGGGAUCAUAUCUACAAGAAUGGCCCUGGACAGAGAAGAGAAAACAGCUUACCAGUUACAAAUAGUGGCAGUUGAUGGUGGCAACUUGCAAUCCCCUAACCAAGCAAUAGUGACCAUCACUGUAUUAGACACUCAAGACAACCCACCUGUAUUUAGCCAGGCUGCUUACAGCUUUGUGGUUUUUGAGAAUGUGGCUCUGGGAUAUCAUGUGGGUAGUGUGUCUGCAUCCACCAUGGAUCUUAAUUCCAAUAUCACUUAUCUCAUUACCACUGGGGAUCAGAAAGGUAUGUUCACUAUCAACCAGGUCACUGGGCAACUGACCACCGCAAGCAUGAUUGACAGAGAAGAGCAAUCCUUUUAUCAGCUGAAAGUAGUAGCCAGUGGGGGCACAGUAACUGGAGACACUAUGAUUAAUAUAACAGUUAAGGAUCUGAAUGACAACGCUCCCCAUUUUCUUCAGGCAGUAGAGAGUGUAAAUGUGGUAGAAAAUUGGCAGGCAGGGCACAGCAUUUAUCAAGCCAAAGCUGUGGAUCCUGAUGAAAGUGUCAAUGGCAUGGUACUCUACAGCCUGAAACAAAACCACAAGAACCUGUUUGCUAUCAAUGAAAAGAAUGGUGAUAUUAGUCUACUAGGGCCCCUGGAUGUUCAUGCUGGUUCCUAUCAGAUAGAGAUCUUGGCAUCGGAUAUGGGUGUUCCACAGCUGUCCUCUAGUUUUAUUUUAACAGUGUAUGUCCAUGAUGUAAAUGACAACCCACCAGUAUUUGAUCAACUUUCCUAUGAAGUCACCCUGUCUGAAUCAGAACCUGUGAAUUCUCGCUUCUUUCAAGUGCAAGCUUCUGAUAAAGAUUCAGGAGCAAAUGGUGAAAUUGCAUACAGCAUUGCUGAAGGAAAUGCAGGAGAUGCUUUUGGCAUAUUCCCAGAUGGUCAGUUGUAUAUAAAAAGUGAACUGGACCGUGAACUUCAUGACAGAUAUGUUUUACUGGUUGUUGCUUCUGACAGAGCAGUGGAACCCCUUAGUGCUACUGUGAAUGUUACUGUAAUUUUAGAAGAUGUAAAUGAUAACAGACCUCUUUUUAAUAGCACCAAUUACACUUUUUACUUUGAAGAGGAGCAGAGAUCUGGGUCAUUUGUGGGUAAAGUGAGUGCUGUAGACAAAGAUUUUGGACCAAAUGGAGAAGUCAGGUAUUCUUUUGAAAUGGUACAGCCAGAUUUUGAGUUGCAUGCUGUUAGUGGGAAGAUUACAAAUACUCAUCAGUUUGACAGGGAGUCUCUGAUGAGGCGGAGAGGGACUGCAGUGUUUACUUUUACAGUUAUAGCAACAGAUCAGGGACUCCCUCAGCCUCUCAAGGAUCAGGCCACUGUACAUGUUUACAUGAAGGAUAUAAAUGAUAAUGCUCCCAAAUUUGUCAAAGACUUUUAUCAAGCUACAAUAUCAGAAUCAGCAGUCAACCUGACUCAAGUUUUAAGAGUAUCUGCCUCAGAUGUUGAUGAAGGUAAUAAUGGACUUAUCCAUUAUUCUGUGAUAAAAGGAAAUGAAGAAAGACAGUUUACUAUAGACAGUGCUUCUGGUCAGGUGACACUAAUUGGUAAAUUAGACUAUGAAGCAACUUCUGCCUAUUCCCUUAUUAUUCAAGCAGUGGAUUCAGGGACAAUCUCCCUCAAUUCAACCUGUACCUUAAAUAUUGAUAUUUUAGAUGAAAAUGACAACACUCCUUCUUUCCCCAAAUCAACAUUAUUUGUCGAUGUUUUGGAAAAUAUGAGAAUUGGUGAACUAGUGUCCUCUGUUACUGCAACUGAUUCUGAUUCAGGUGACAAUGCUGAUAUACAUUACAGUAUUAGUGGGACUAACAACCAUGGAACUUUUAGCAUUAGCCCAAACACUGGGAGUAUUUUUCUUGCUAAGAAACUGGACUUCGAAACACAGUCUUUGUACAAAUUAAAUAUAACUGCAAAAGACCAAGGAAGGCCUCCUCGUUCAUCUACAAUGUCAGUGGUUAUACACGUGAGGGAUUUUAAUGACAAUCCUCCUAGUUUUCCUCCGGGGGAUAUUUUCAAAUCUAUUGUUGAGAACAUUCCCAUUGGCACAUCUGUCAUUUCAGUGACUGCACAUGACCCUGAUGCAGAUAUUAAUGGGCAGCUAUUUUAUGCGAUCAUUCAACAGAUGCCAAGAGGCAACCACUUUGGCAUAGAUGAAGUCAAAGGGACAAUAUAUACUAACGCUGAAAUAGAUCGGGAAUUUGCCAAUCUCUUUGAGUUAACUGUAAAAGCCAAUGAUCAAGCUGUGCCUAUAGAAACUAGAAGGUAUGCUUUGAAAAACGUGACCAUCUUGGUUACAGAUCUCAAUGACAAUGUUCCAAUGUUUAUAUCACAAAAUGCCCUUGCUGCAGACCCUUCAGCUGUGAUUGGUUCUGUUCUGACAACAAUUAUGGCUGCUGACCCAGAUGAAGGUGCCAACGGAGAGGUGGAAUACGACAUCAUCAAUGGGGACACAGACACCUUUAUUGUGGAUCGUUAUAGUGGAGACUUGAGAGUGGCUUCAGCGCUGGUACCUUCACAGCUGAUCUAUAAUCUCAUAGUUUCAGCAACAGACCUGGGCCCUGAAAGGAAAAAAUCAACCACUGAGUUGACAGUCAUUCUUCAAGGCCUUGAUGGACCUGUUUUUACUCAGCCCAAAUAUAUAACUAUUUUGAAGGAAGGAGAACCCAUUGGAACCAAUGUAAUAUCAAUAGAAGCAGCUAGCCCUAGAGGAUCUGAAGCCCCAGUGGAGUAUUAUAUUGUUUCAGUUCGUUGUGAAGAAAAAACUGUGGGGCGUCUCUUUACUAUUGGACGACUUACUGGCAUUAUUCAGACUGCAGCCAUUCUGGACCGGGAGCAAGGAGCAUGUCUUUACCUGGUGGAUGUUUAUGCCAUAGAAAAAUCAACUGCUUUUCCCAGAACCCAGAGAGCAGAGGUGGAAAUAACACUUCAAGAUAUCAAUGACAAUCCACCUGUAUUUCCAACAGACAUGCUCGAUCUCACUGUGGAGGAGAACAUUGGAGAUGGCUCUAAGAUUAUGCAACUGACAGCCCUGGAUGCUGAUGAGGGUGCAAAUGCUCUCGUCACAUACACUAUCAUCAGUGGAGCUGAUGAUAGUUUUCGUAUUGAUCCUGAAUCCGGAGAUCUGAUAGCAACCAAAAGAUUGGAUAGGGAGCGUCGUUCCAAAUAUUCAUUGUUGGUUCGUGCUGAUGAUGGUUUGCAGUCCUCAGACAUGAGGAUUAAUAUCACGGUCAGUGAUGUGAAUGACCACACACCCAAGUUCUCCAGACAUGUGUACUCUUUUGACAUCCCUGAAGACACAGCCCCUGGUUCUUUGGUAGCAGCUAUUUUAGCUACAGAUGAUGACUCUGGUGUGAAUGGAGAAAUUACAUAUAUUGUAAAUGAAGAUGAUGAAGAUGGCAUAUUUUUCUUGAAUCCAGUUACUGGAGUCUUUAAUUUGACUCGAGUAUUAGAUUAUGAAGCACAACAGUAUUAUAUCCUCACUGUUCGAGCUGAAGAUGGAGGGGGACAAUUCACAACUAUCAGAGUCUAUUUCAAUAUACUCGAUGUAAAUGAUAACCCACCUGUAUUCAGCCUGAGUUCAUAUAGCACAUCAUUAAUGGAGAAUCUACCUGUAGGAUCCACUGUUCUUGUGUUUAAUGUUACUGAUGCAGAUGAUGGCAUCAACUCUCAACUGGCUUAUAGCAUUGCUUCAGGUGAUAGCCUUGGACAGUUUACUGUCAACAAGAAUGGGGUACUGAAAGUCCUGAAAGCUUUGGAUCGGGAAAGUCAAUCCUUCUACAACCUGGUUGUUCAGGUCCAUGACCUGCCACAAUUUCCAGCUUCCAGAUACACAAGCACAGCUCAAAUCUCCAUUAUUUUGUUGGAUGUAAAUGAUAAUCCACCAACAUUCCUUUCCCCAAAAUUGACAUACAUUCCUGAAAACACUCCUAUUGAUACUGUUGUUUUCAAAGCUCAAGCAACUGACCCAGAUAGUGGUCCAAAUAGCUAUAUUGAGUAUACACUGCUGAACCCUCUGGCAAACAAGUUUAGCAUUGGGACCAUUGAUGGUGAAGUAAGACUCACUGGAGAACUGGAUAGAGAAGAGGUUUCUAAUUAUACCCUAACAGUGGUGGCUACGGACAAAGGUCAACCAUCUCUCUCUUCAUCUACAGAAGUUGUAGUUAUGGUACUUGACAUCAAUGAUAACAACCCCAUCUUUGCACAGGCUCUGUAUAAAGUGGAGAUUAAAGAAAACACUCUUACUGGAACAGAUAUAAUACAAGUAUAUGCAGCCGAUGGGGAUGAAGGUACAAAUGGACAGGUUCGCUAUGGCAUUGUUGAUGGAAACGUCAAUCAGGAAUUUCGGAUCGACUCUGUCACUGGUGCCAUCACUGUGGCUAAGCCUUUGGAUAGAGAGAAGACUCCUACUUACAUUUUAUCUGUUCAGGCAACAGACAGAGGCAGUACUCCAAGAACUGAUACCUCCACAGUCAACAUUGUUCUACUAGAUAUUAAUGAUUUUGUUCCAAUAUUUGAGCUUUCUCCAUAUUCUGUAAAUAUUCCUGAGAAUUUACAAACAUUGCCUAGUACAGUUCUUCAGGUAUUGGCAAGAGAUGAUGAUCAAGGUUCUAACAGCAAGCUCUCAUAUAUUCUAUUGGGUGGUAAUGAAGACAACACUUUCACCCUCUCAGCCAAUGGAGAACUUAGAAUAACACAAAGUCUAGAUCGGGAAACAAAGGAACAUUAUAUUUUGACUGUCACAGCCACAGAUUCAGGAUCUCCUACCCUGACUGGGACUGGAAUAAUCAACGUCAUAGUAGAUGACAUCAAUGAUAAUGUCCCCACUUUUGCCAGUAAAAUGUAUUUCACAACAAUUUCUGAAGAUGCCCCAACUGGAACAGAUGUUUUACUGGUGAAUGCCUCAGAUGCUGAUGCCUCAACAAAUGCUGUUAUCAGGAUACUUGGAGGAAACUCUCAGUUCACCAUCAACCCAUCCACAGGACAGAUCAUAACCAGUUCACUCCUAGACAGGGAAACCAAAGAGAAUUACACGUUAGUAGUAGUCUCCAGUGAUGCAGGAUCCCCGGAAUCUCUUUCCAGUUCUGCCAGUGUGCUCGUCACUGUGACUGAUGUCAAUGAUAACCCACCACGAUUUCAGCAUCAUCCAUAUGUCACACACAUCCCAUCUCCUGCUCCUCCAGGUUCCUUUGUCUUUGCGGUUACAGUCACAGAUGCUGAUAUUGGAGCCAAUUCUGAACUACAUUAUUCUCUUUCGGGGAGAAACUCUGAAAAAUUUCACAUUGAUCCACUGAGGGGAGCUAUCAUGGCCACUGGACCACUUAAUGGAGCUUCAGAAGUGACAUUUUCUGUACAUGUAAAAGAUGGUGGCUCAUUUCCAAAGGCAGAUUCUACAACAGUGACUGUUCGAUUUGCAAACAAGGCAGAUUUCCCUAAAGUCAGAGCAAAAGAACAAACAUUUAUGUUCCCUGAAAACCAACCAGUAGGCACUCAUAUCACCACUAUUACGGGAACCUCUUCCAGAGGAGAACCUUUGUCCUAUUAUAUUGCAAGUGGAAAUCUUGGCAAUACAUUCCAAAUCGAUCAAUUAACAGGACAGGUGUCUAUCAGUCAACCUUUGGAUUUUGAAAAGAUACAAAAAUAUAUUGUAUGGAUAGAGGCCAGAGAUGGAGGUUUUCCUCCUUUCUCCUCUUAUGAGAAACUUGACAUAACUGUGUUGGAUGUCAAUGAUAAUUCCCCAGUUUUUAAGGAAGAUCCAUUUGUAUCAGAAAUAUUGGAGAACCUAUCUCCUCAAAAAAUACUUACUGUUUCGGCAAUGGACAAGGACAGUGGACCGAAUGGACAGUUAGAUUAUGAAAUUAUUCUGGGCAACAAUGAGAAUAGUUUUAGUAUUAAUCAUGCUACUGGUGAAAUUAGAAGCAUUCGGCCUUUAGACAGGGAAAGGGUUUCUCAGUACAUACUCACCAUAAAGUCUUCUGACAAAGGCUCUCCUUCGCAGAGUACCUCAGUUAAAGUCAUCAUUAACAUUUUAGAUGAAAAUGAUAAUGCCCCUAGGUUUUCUCAAAUAUUUAGUGCCCAUGUUCCUGAAAAUUCCCCUUUAGGAUAUACAGUUACACGUGUUACAACUUCUGAUGAAGACACUGGUGCAAAUGCAAUUAGCAGGUAUUCUAUAAUGGACACAAGCCUUCCAUUUACAAUUAAUCCCAGUACUGGAGAUAUUGUCAUUAGUAGACCUUUAAAUAGGGAAGAUACCGAUCGUUAUAGAAUCCGAAUUUCUGCACAUGAUUCUGGUUGGACUGUAAGUACCGAUGUCACAAUAUUUGUGACAGAUAUCAAUGACAAUGCUCCAAGAUUUAGCAGACCCUCUUAUUAUUUAGAUUGUCCUGAACUUAUUGAGAUUGGUUCCAAAGUGACUCAGGUAUCUGCCACAGAUCCUGAUGAGGGAUCAAAUGGACAAGUGUUUUACUUCAUAAAAUCUCAGUCUGAAUAUUUUAGGAUUAAUGCAACCACAGGAGAAAUUUUUAAUAAACAGGUUUUAAAAUACCAAAAUGUUAGUGGUUUCAGUAAUGUGAACAUCAACAGGCACAGCUUUAUAGUGACUUCUUCAGAUCGAGGCAAUCCAUCUUUAUUAAGUGAGACAACAGUCACCAUCAAUAUUGUAGACAGUAAUGACAAUGCACCUCAGUUUAUUAAACUUAAAUAUUUUACUCCUGUCACCAAAAAUGUUAAAGUUGGUACCAAGUUAAUCAAACUUACUGCAGUAGAUGAUAAAGAUUUUGGACUGAAUUCUGAGGUAGAAUAUUUCAUAUCCAAUGGAAAUCAUUUAGGAAAAUUUAAACUGGACAAUCAUACAGGAUGGCUAUCAGUGGCAUCUCCCCUAAUUUCUGAUUUGAAUCAAAACUUUUUGAUCAUAGUCACUGCAAAGGAUAAAGGAAAUCCCCCACUUUCAUCCCAAGCAACUGUUCAAAUUAUCGUCACUGAGGAAAACUACCAUACACCCGAAUUCUCUCAAAGUCACAUGAGUGCUACCAUCCCUGAAAGCCAUAGUAUUGGGGCCAUUGUCAGAACUGUUUCUGCAAGAGACAGAGAUGCAGCUAUGAAUGGCUUGAUUAGGUACGACAUUUCGUCAGGAAACGAUGGAGGUGUUUUUGCAAUCAACUCUUCCACUGGUGUAAUAAUACUAGCUAAAGCUCUUGAUUACGAGCUCUGUCAAAAACAUGAAAUGACUGUUAGCGCUACAGAUGGAGGGUGGGUUGCAAGAACUGGUUACUGCAGUGUAACAGUAAAUGUGAUAGAUGUGAAUGACAAUACUCCAAUAUUCACCCCAGAUGAAUAUUUCCCUACUGUAUUGGAAAAUGCCCCAAGUGGGACAACAGUUAUACACCUAAAUGCAACAGAUGCUGACUCUGGAGCCAAUGCUGUGAUUGCAUACACUAUACAGUCAUCCGAUAGUGAUCUCUUUGUCAUUGACCCUAAUACAGGCAUCAUCACCACACAAGGUUUCUUGGAUUUUGAAACCAAGCAGAGUUACCACCUUACUGUGAAAGCCUUCAACGUUCCUGACGAAGAAAGGUGCAGCUUUGCCACUGUUAACAUACAAUUAGAAGGGACAAACGAAUAUGUGCCUCGUUUUGUUUCCAAACUUUACUAUUUUGAAAUCUCUGAAGCAGCUCCUAAAGGUACUAUUGUUGGGGAAGUAUUUGCUAGUGACCGUGAUUUGGGCAUGGAUGGAGAGGUUCACUAUCUGAUUUUUGGUAGCAGUAGGAAGAAAGGUUUCCAGAUCAAUAAGAAGACAGGCCAAAUUUAUGUUUCUGGACCUCUUGACAGAGAAAGAGAAGAAAGGGUCUCUUUGAAAGUAUUGGCCAAGAAUUUUGGCAGCAUCAGGGGUGCAGAUAUAGAUGAGGUCAUUGUGAAUGUCACCGUACUUGAUGCUAAUGACCCACCCGUUUUCAGUCUAAACAUCUACAAUGUUCAGAUCAGUGAAGGAGUCCCAAUUGGAACUCAUGUGACCUUUGUCAGUGCCUUUGACUCAGACUCCAUCCCCAGCUGGAGCAGGUUUUCUUACUUCAUCACAUCAGGAAAUGAAAAUGGUGCCUUUUCCAUUAAUCCACAGACAGGACAGAUCACUGUUACUGCUGAAUUAGAUCGAGAAACCCUACCCAUUUACAAUCUCACAGUUUUGGCUGUUGAUGCGGGAACCCCCUCUGCUACAGGAAGUGCCUCCUUAUUAGUCACUUUGGAAGACAUAAAUGAUAAUGGGCCUAUGUUGACCAUCAGUGAAGGAGAAGUCAUGGAAAACAAACGUCCUGGAACUCUGGUGAUGACCCUCCAGUCCACUGAUCCUGAUCUCCCUCCAAAUCAAGGUCCCUUUACCUAUUAUUUGCUAAGCACGGGUCCUGCCACCAAUUAUUUUAGUCUGAAUACUGCUGGUGUUCUGAGUACGACCAGAGAGAUUGACAGAGAACAGAUUGCAGACUUCUAUUUGUCUGUGAUUACUAGGGAUUCUGGUGUUCCUCAAAUGUCUUCAACAGGAACUGUGCAUAUCACAGUUAUCGACCAAAAUGACAAUCCUUCACAGUCACGGACAGUGGAGAUAUUUGUCAGUUAUUAUGGUAACUUGUUUCCUGGUGGGAUCUUAGGCUCCGUGAAACCACAGGAUCCAGAUGUGUUGGACAGCUUCCACUGUUCCUUUAGUUCAGGAGUUACAAGCCUCUUCAAUAUUCCAGGGGGCACUUGUGAUCUGAAUUCCCAGGCAAGGUCCACAGAUGGCACCUUUGACUUGACUGUCCUUAGUAAUGAUGGCGUUCACAGUACAGUCACAAGCAACAUUCGAGUUUUCUUCGCUGGAUUUUCCAACACAACAGUAGAUAACAGCAUCCUACUUCGUCUCAGUGUUCCAACAGUAAAGGACUUCUUAACUAACAACUACCUUCAUUUCCUACGUAUUGCCAGUUCACAGCUGACAGGCUUAGGGACUGCUGUGCAACUCUAUGGUGCAUACGAAGAGAACAAUAGAACAUAUAUUUUGGCAGCUGUGAAGCGAAAUAAUAACCAGUAUGUGAAUCCCAGUGGUGUAGCCACCUUCUUUGAAAGCAUCAAAGAUAUCCUUUUCAGACAAAGUGGAGUAAAGGUAGAAUCUGUGGAUCAUGAUGCAUGCAUUCAUGGUCCAUGUCAAAAUGGAGGGAGUUGUAUCCGAAGGCUAGCUGUGAGCCCUGUAUUAAAGAGCUAUGAAAGUCUUCCAGUCAUCAUUGUGGGAAAUGAACCUCUGCAGCCUUUCUUAUGCAAGUGUCUGCCAGGAUAUGCUGGUAGCCGGUGUGAAAUAGAUAUAGAUGAAUGCCUUCCAUACCCUUGCCACAAUGGUGGGACUUGUCACAAUUUAGUAGGAGGAUUUUCAUGCAGCUGUCCAGAUGGCUUUACUGGUAGAGCCUGUGAGAGAGAUAUCAACGAGUGCCUGCCCAGUCCUUGCAAGAAUGGUGCUGUCUGUCAGAAUUUUCCAGGAAGCUUCAACUGUGUUUGCAAAACUGGAUACACAGGGAAAAUGUGUGAAUCAUCAGUUAAUUACUGUGAAUGCAACCCCUGCUUUAAUGGUGGUUCCUGCCAAAGUGGUGUUGAUUCCUACUAUUGCCAUUGUCCAUUUGGUGUCUUUGGAAAACACUGCGAGUUGAAUAGCUAUGGAUUUGAGGAAUUAUCAUUCAUGGAGUUUCCUAGUUUGGACCCCAAUAAUAACUAUAUUUAUGUUAAAUUUGCAACCAUUAAAAGCCAUGCUUUAUUGCUUUACAACUUUGACAACCAAACAGGAGACCGAGCUGAAUUUCUGGCUCUUGAAAUUGCUGAAGAAAGAUUAAGAUUCUCUUAUAAUAUAGGCAGUGGUACAUAUAAACUCACCACAAUGAAGAAGGUGUCAGAUGGACAUUUUCAUACUGCAAUUGCACGGAGAGCAGGAAUGGCAGCCUCCUUAACUGUAGACUCUUGUUCUGAAAACCAAGAACCAGGAUAUUGCACUGUUAGUAAUGUGGCAGUUUCAGAUGACUGGACUCUUGAUGUUCAGCCAAAUCGAGUCACAGUUGGAGGUAUCAGAUCACUAGAACCGAUCCUGCAGAGAAGAGGACAUGUAGAAAGCCACGAUUUUGUUGGGUGUAUAAUGGAGUUUGCGGUCAAUGGAAGACCUUUGGAACCCAGCCAAGCUUUGGCAGCACAAGGCAUCCUAGAUCAAUGUCCUAGAUUAGAGGGUGCUUGUACUCGCAACCCCUGCCAACAUGGCGGCACAUGUAUGGAUUACUGGUCUUGGCAGCAGUGUCAUUGCAAGGAAGGGCUGACGGGUAAACACUGUGAAAAAUCUAUUACCCCUGACACUGCCUUAUCAUUAGAAGGCAAAGGACGCUUGGACUACCACAUGAGUCAGAAUGAGAAGCGGGAAUAUUUGUUAAGACAGAGCAUACGCGGUGCCAUGUUGGAGCCUUUUGGUGUGAACAGUCUGGAAGUAAAAUUCAGGACAAGAAGCGAGAAUGGCAUUUUAAUCCAUAUCCAAGAAAGCAGCAAUUACACUACUGUGAAGAUUAAGAAUGGGAAAGUGCAUUUCACAUCAGAUGCAGGAGUCGCUGGGAAAGUGGAGAGAAAUAUUCCUGAAGUAUAUGUGGCAGAUGGUCACUGGCAUACUUUCCUAAUUGGAAAAAAUGGAACAGCCACAGUAUUAUCUGUUGACAGAAUAUUUAACAGAGAUAUCAUCCACCCGACUCAGGAUUUUGGUGGUCUUGAUGUGCUUACUAUAUCCCUUGGAGGAAUCCCACCCAAUCAAGCUAAUCGAGAUACUCAGACAGGUUUUGAUGGCUGCAUUGCUUCGAUGCUGUAUGGAGGAGAAAGUCUUCCUUUCAGUGGGAAGCAUAGCUUGGCCUCCAUCUCAAAAACGGACCCUUCAGUGAAGAUUGGUUGCCGUGGCCCAAACAUUUGUGCCAGCAACCCCUGCUGGGGUGAUUUACUGUGCAUUAAUCAGUGGUAUGCAUAUAAGUGUGUGCCUCCUGGAGAUUGCGCAUCCCACCCAUGCCAGAAUGGUGGCAGCUGUGAACCUGGCCUGCACUCUGGCUUCACUUGUAGCUGCCCUGAGUCAUACACAGGCCAGACCUGUGAAAUGGUAGUGGCAUGUCUCGGUGUCCUCUGCCCUCAGGGGAGGGUAUGCAAGGCUGGAAGUUCUGGGGGGCAUGUCUGUAUUCUGAGCCAGGGCCCUGAAGAGAUUUCCCUGCCUCUGUGGGCUGUGCCUGCCAUCGUGGGCACCUGUGCAACAGUCCUAGCCCUUCUGGUCCUGAGCCUGAUCCUUUGUAAUCAGUGCAGGGGAAAGAAGGCCAAAAGUCCCAAACAGGAGAAGAAACCAAAGGAGAAGAAGAAAAAGGGAAGUGAGAAUGUUGCUUUUGAUGACCCAGACAAUAUUCCCCCCUAUGGGGAUGACAUGACUGUGAGGAAACAGCCUGAAGGGAAUCCUAAACCAGAUAUCAUAGAAAGGGAAAACCCUUACCUUAUCUAUGAUGAGACUGACAUUCCCCACAAUUCAGAAACUAUACCAAGUGCCCCUCUGGCUUCACCAGAGCAAGAAAUAGAGCACUAUGAUAUUGACAAUGCAAGUAGCAUUGCACCUUCAGAUGCUGACAUCAUCCAACACUAUAAGCAGUUCCGCAGCCACACCCCUAAAUUUUCUAUCCAGAGGCAUAGUCCCCUCGGUUUUGCAAGGCAGUCCCCCAUGCCCUUAGGAGCCAGCAGUUUGACCUACCAGCCUUCAUAUGGACAAGGUUUAAGAACCAGCUCGCUAAGCCACUCAGCUUGCCCUACUCCCAAUCCUCUGUCUCGACACAGUCCAGCUCCUUUCUCCAAGUCCUCUACUUUCUAUAGGAAUAGUCCAGCAAGGGAAUUACAUCUUCCUAUAAGGGAUGGAAAUACAUUGGAAAUGCAUGGUGAUGCCUGCCAGCCUGGCAUUUUCAACUAUGCCACACGGCUGGGAAGGAGGAGCAAGAGUCCUCAGGCUAUGACAUCACAUGGCUCUAGACCAGGAAGUCGCCUAAAGCAGCCAAUUGGGCAGAUUCCUCUGGAAUCAUCUCCUCCAGUAGGACUCUCCAUUGAAGAGGUGGAGAGGCUGAAUACCCCUCGCCCCAGAAAUCCAAGUAUUUGCAGUGCAGACCAUGGAAGGUCUUCUUCAGAAGAGGACUGCAGAAGGCCACUGUCCAGGACAAGGAAUCCAGCAGAUGGCAUUCCAGCCCCAGAAUCUUCUUCAGAUAGUGACUCUCAUGAGUCAUUCACUUGCUCAGAAAUGGAAUACGACAGGGAAAAGCCAAUGGUAUAUACUUCUAGGAUGCCCAAAUUAUCUCAAGUCAAUGAGUCUGAUGCAGAUGAUGAAGAUAAUUAUGGCACCAGACUAAAGCCUCGAAGGUACCAUGGCCGCAGGGCCGAGGGAGGACCUGUGGGCACACAGGCAGCAACACCAGGAGUUGCUGACAACACACUGCCCUUGAAACUUGGGCAGCAAGCAGGGAAUUUCAACUGGGACAACCUAUUGAACUGGGGCCCUGGCUUUGGCCAUUACGUGGAUGUUUUUAAAGAUUUGGCAUCUCUCCCAGAAAAGGCAGCAGCAAAUGAAGAAGGCAAAAGUGGGACAAAUAAGCCAGAUCCCAAAGAUGGGGAGGCAGAACAGUAUGUUUGAACUUUCGUACUGGCAUUAU